GUUUUGAUUUAGUCCAUCCUCUUCCUAACUCACGUUCCUCCUCUCUGUUUUUCCUUCUAACUUCAUUUUCUACAUUAAAACUUCCAUUAAUGUUCCUAUCUCCUAUUUGAUUAGAGAAUUAUAAAAUAAGAAAAAACUGAGAAAAAUGAUUCCACAACAAUGGACGCCGCCUUGUAACAAACAAUGCACCAAUAAAUUCUCUGCUCUCACCCAAAUUCCUUGGAGAGUUUUUUGCAAAAAGGCGUGCGAUGCUGAUGGAGAUACAUGGGAGGAGUGUUUGGAAGAAUGUGAGGAGAUGUGCUAUAAGGGUCCAGUUCUGAAAGAUCAACAAUGGAGUGCUUAUAUUGAUCGUGCCCCUGGUUCUGCUACCCAAUCUGAGGAUUGCCAUCGUGCUUGUGUAGCUGGCUGUGGUUUCAAGUUUGAUAUCCCAUCUGAGAAAGUAAAUAAAAUACAAUCAAGCAGAUCAUCCAAGCCUCUUGUAGAAGAGGAACCAACUGAUAAGCACAAGACCACUGCCUGAAGCCAGUUGAACUAUAUAUGGCAUAUAUAUUCUGGACAUUCACAUAAAUCAUAAUGAAGAUAAUUUUGACAUUUUCUACAAUUGAUUGUGCAAUAGGCAAGAAUAGCAUAUAUAAUAGUAUAUUCUAAGGAUUACUACUUUAGUUCAAAGAUUUGUUUUAAGGCAGAUCACAUGGGGUGAAAGUUGAGUUUAUAUACUUGGUUUAAAAGCACAUGGAGGAAGUUUUUGUACAAUUUUGAAACAAACAAGCAAUCAAAAGAUUAUAUCAAUUGAAACAAUUAGAAAGAUUAAUAUGCUA